AUGAAGGUCUUCACCACACUGAUGUUGCUUUCAGUUGGUGCGUCUCAGACAAUGGCAUUGGUGAUACCACGCGCCAUGGCUGCUGGCCCUGUCGCCGAGGAGGCCGUUCCUGAGUACAGCAAGAGAUCCAUGGUUGUUGGCCCUGUCGCCGAAGAGGCUGUCCCUGAGUACAGCAAGUGA